AUGGAUUAUUUGGAGGAUCAGGCGAAAGGAAGUGUGUUGUAUGGAUUUAGGGGAGGUCCGGCUGGGAUCAUGAAGUGCAAAUAUGUUGAAUUGAAUGCUGAUUAUAUCUAUCCUUACAGAAACCAGCGGAACGUGAUUUCUGAUUUGGUUGUUACUUCUUUUGAUGGUGAUUUGAAAUGCAAGGAGGUUCCUACCAGUUUUGGAUUUGAUACUGCUUGCAAGAUAUAUGCAGAAAUGAUUGGAAAUGUCAUGGUUGAUGCUCGAUCAACUGGAAAAUAUUAUCACUUUGUCCGGCUUAUGGGACGUGCAGCUUCUCACAUUACAUUGGAGUGUGCCUUGCAAACUCAUCCAAACAUCACCAUCAUUGGAGAAGAGGUUGCUGCUAAGAAACUGACGCUGAAAAAUGUUACAGAUUACAUAGUAAAUGUAAUCUGUAAACGUUCUGGUCUUGGAUAUAAUUAUGGUGUGAUUCUUAUUCCUGAAGGUUUAAUUGAUUUCAUUCCUGAGGUUCAGCAGCUUAUAGCAGAACUGAAUGAGGUUUUGGCCCAUGAUGUCGUAGAUGAAGGUGGGCAAUGGAAAAAGAAACUCACAAAUCAAUCUCUGCAGCUUUUCGAAUUUUUACCACCAGCAAUUCAAGAACAAUUGAUGCUUGAAAGAGAUCCACAUGGAAAUGUCCAGGUUGCCAAAAUUGAGACUGAGAAAAUGCUUAUUCAAAUGGUUGAGACUGAGUUGGAGAAGAGGAAGCAAGAAGGUUCAUACAAAGGCCAUUUCAAAGGACAGUCCCACUUCUUCGGGUAUGAAGGAAGAUGUGGUUUGCCUACAAACUUUGAUUCUACAUACUGCUAUGCUUUGGGCUAUGGUGCAGGAGCUCUCCUUCACAGCGGAAAAACUGGGUUGAUAUCAUCAGUUGGGAAUUUGGGUGCUCCUGUUGCAGAAUGGACAGUUGGAGGGACGGCUUUGACUUCUUUGAUGGAUGUGGAAAGGAGACAUGGUAAAUUCAAGCCUGUGAUCAAGAAGGCAAUGGUAGAGCUUGAAGGUGCACCUUUCAAAAAAUUUGCAUCCCUGAGGGAUGAGUGGGCACUUAAGAAUCGGUACAUCAGUCCUGGUCCCAUCCAAUUCAUGGGCCCAGGAUCAGAUGCCAUCAGCCACACUUUACUAUUGGAAUUGGGAGCUGAUGCUUAGGUGUAUUGAUAGGUGCAAAUUUAUGCUCUUCAGAGAGCUGCAAAGUUCUUGGGACAGCCAUGAGAUCUCUUCUUUUCUUUUUUUUUUUGGUUGGGAAACUCAGUUCUACAUCCAUCAAUUGAACUUGUACGUUUGAACCUUCUGGUUCCUUUCAUAAAAGUGAAUAAUUUUUUGGCUUCGCCAAAAUAGUAGUGAAUCUUUUGGCCCCCAUCUUCACGAUCACGGUUGUCAUUGAAGAAAUACAUGCACAUUUAAGAUCAAGUCCUUGCAAUUGUGGCAAAAGAUAAGCUGACAUGAACAUAUGUUCCAAGAACAUUUAUCGUGGCAGGAUUGAUUUUAUGCAAAUGUUAUGUUCAUCUUCAUCCAUGACUCGAUGUACUUUAUCAACUGAAAUUGACAGGAAAUGCAAUUCUAUUUAGAUGA